AUGAAGAAAAUGGGGAGAUAUAAGCAAUUAAAUGUACAUUUGUUGGAGGUGAUUAUGGUUGCUUUGCUCUUCUUAGUAGCUGAUUGUCGUCUUCAUAAUGGGUAUUGGGAUAUUAUUUGGAAUAACACUGGCCCUCAAACAACUCGAAAAAAGAUUUUGGGGACAAGUUUUGAGGUAAUAAUUGAGAAUGAAAAUCAGACAGAAAUUUCAUUUAAAAGAACAUGGAAUGCUUCUCAAUCUAAUGAACCUCCCUUAAAAAUUGACAAAAGGUUUAUAAUGCUACGCGAUACACCGGGAUUUUAUACGUAUACGAUCGUUGAACGUUUAGAAGGAUGGCCACAUUCAUAUAUACAAAACCUCAGGAUUGUGUUCAAGCUUCAACAAGACGUGUUUAAUUACAUAUCUGUUUCUGAUGAGAGGCAACGUGUCAUGCCAACAGCAGAGGAUCGAGAAAAUGGCAAAGUGCUUGACUAUAAAGAAGCCGUUCUUCUUACUAGUCCGACUAAUUCAAAUUUUAAAGGCGAGGUGGAUGACAAGUAUUUCUAUGCAAGUGAUAAUAAAGAUGGUAAAGUUUAUGGAUGGGUUAGUAAUACUAAUCCUCCAUUAGGAUUUUGGAUGAUUAAUCCAAGCAAUGAAUAUCGUACUGGAGGGCCUCUUAGACAAGACCUUACUACACAUGUUGGUCCAACUGUACUUAGUGUAUUUGUGAGUACACAUUAUGCAGGAGAGGAUUUAGCAAUUAAAUUUCAACAUGAAGAAACGUGGAAAAAAGUUAUUGGGCCUGUUUUUGUUUAUCUAAAUUCAGAUCCUUUAGCUAAGGAAAAUCCUUCCAUAUUGUGGAAUGAUGCAAAGAAAAGAAUGAAUGAAGAAGUUGCAAGUUGGCCUUAUGAAUUUCCAGUUUCAAAAGACUACAUCAAAUCUAAUCAAAGAGGAACUGUUAGAGGCCAACUGUUAGUUCAUGACAGGUUUAUAAGUAAAAAACAUGUACCAGCAUCAAAUGCAUAUAUAGGGUUAGCCCCACCAGGACAAGCUGGAUCUUGGCAAAGAGAAAAUAAAGGUUACCAAUUUUGGACUAAAACAGACUCUAAUGGAAACUUUGUCAUAGAAAAUGUCAUAUCCAGUACAUAUGACUUGUAUGCAACAGUUUCAGGAUUUAUCGGGGAUUACAAAUACGAAUCAGAUGUACAUGUAACGUCAGGGGGUGAUAUUCAAUUAGGGAAUUUGGUUUAUGAACCUCCAAGAAAAGGAGCCACAAUUUGGGAAAUUGGUGUGCCAGAUAGAACUGCUGCUGAAUUCUUUAUUCCAAAUCCACCUCCACAAUUUAAAGUCCACAAAUACAAAAAUAAUUCUGAAUCAAAAUUCAGACAAUAUGGUUUGUGGAAACAAUAUAGUGUUUUAUACCCUGAAAAUGAUCUUGUAUACAAUGUUGAGACUGGCAAUUACUCAAGAGAUUGGUUUUAUGCUCAUGUUACUAGGAAAAUAGGAAACAAUACAUAUAAUGCCACCACAUGGAAAAUAAUAUUUGACCUUGCCAAUGUUGACAAUUCCUCAAAUUAUACUCUCCAACUGGCUCUUGCUGCAGCUCAUGAAUCUGAACUACAAGUUCGUGUCAACGAUGAAAAAGCUCAAGAACCACAUUUUACGACAGGAUAUAUGGGGGGAAGUAAUGCGAUCGCAAGACAUGGAAUUCAUGGAUUAUAUUGGUAUCAUAGCAUUGGAAUACAAGGCAAUUUGAUUGUCGAAGGAACAAACACAAUUUUUCUUACACAAAUAAUGGCUCUCACUCCCUAUCAAGGAGUCAUGUAUGAUUAUAUUCGUUGUGAAGGACCUCAUCAGUAAUAAAA